UGAUGAUUGUUGAUGGUGAUAACGAUAAUGAUGAUAAUAAUGAUGAGGAUGACGAUGAUGGUGAUGAUUUGCAACAAUAA